GUGAUUUUUAAGCUGCACACAACUUUCUUUUACGCGGCCUGUGGACAGCAGUGCAUUAGAUUACUGGGCAAAUCAUUUAAAUGAAAAAUGAGUGAGAACUUGGAAAAUAUAACAGAAACGGCUUCUAAAGUUGCCGAAGAUGUAAGCAAACCAUCAGAAAAUAUUUCCUUAAUAUCACAUGCGGAGUUAUCACCUCAUCCCGAAGAAUCAGCUUCAUCUAUAUCAAUUGAAGUUAAAGAACUAAAUUCCACUUCAAUAGAACAAGAAGAAAUAACAUCAAAACCUAGAGAGUCAACGGAAGAGGCUGAACGCUGUGAAGAAAUAAUUUCCUCUCCAAGUUGUACGGACGUCGCCAAUUCUACACAAGUUUCCAUUAAAACGUGUGCAGCUGAAGAUGUAAAAGACACCAAACAGUUAAAUGAUGAACUAAGUGAGAAUUCUACACGUUCACCAGUCACCAACUUGGUGACUAGCUCAGACGCGGAUGCGAACUAUGCAGAACACGUGACAUAUGGCUCUGACGGCAUCGCAAUUUAUACAGAUCCCAAGACAAAUUAUAGGUACAAAUGGUGCACAAUAGAAAAUAAUUGGCUCCAUUGUGACACAGAGAAAAAUCAGAUUACAAUAGGGAGCAAUGCCGAUCUCUACGAGAAUGAUCAUUAUAAAUGGUGCAGUCAGACUCAAAAAUGGAUACCUAAGGCGCAGGCGCAAACUACCGAAACCGAGCAUUACAAGUGGGAUGCUGAAAAGAAAAGGUGGAUACCAAAAGAUUUAAGUGCACAAACAGACACAGAAUCUAAUUCUGCGAGCAUAACAUACGAUAUUGAUGAGGACGGAAAUCGCAUUUAUACAGACAAAGAUGGCACAGUGUUUUUUUGGGACUCAACCAAGAAUGCCUGGUUUCCAAAAAUUGAUGAUGACUUUAUGGCGCAUUAUCAGAUGAAUUAUGGCUUCAUAGAUAAUACUAGCGCAUCGGAGGAGGAGAAACGGCGCAAGGCCGAGCAAGAGGAAAAACUGAAGGAGUUUGAAUUGCAACGCAUGACCGAGGAAGCAAAAGCUUCUGCGGAAGCGGCAACAACUGCGACUAAGCGAAAAAUGCAGGAGCCACCAAAAUGGUUUGAUUUGGAUCCCGAGCGCAACACAAAGGUUUACGUUUCUAAUUUGCCAUUGGACAUUACAAUGGAUGAGUUUGCGGAGCUGAUGGGCAAAUGCGGUAUGAUAAUGCGCGAUCCUCAAACGCAAAAGUAUAAACUUAAACUAUAUGCGGAGCUGGAUGGGCAACUAAAGGGCGAUGGCUUGUGUGACUAUAUUAAAGUGGAGUCUGUGGGACUGGCGUUAAAUAUCUUGGAUGAGUACAAUCUUCGUGGCCAUAAAAUCCGCGUUCAACGUGCCGAGUUUCAGAUGCGCGGAGAAUAUAAUCCGGCACUGAAGCCAAAACGCAAGAAGAAAGAUAAGGAUAAAUUGCAGAAAAUGAAAGAAAAGCUCUUCGACUGGAGGCCGGAAAAGAUGCGUGGUGAGCGGUCGAAAAACGAAAAAGUGGUUAUCAUUAAAAACCUAUUCGAUCCGAGCAUUUUCGAGAAGGAAGUGCAACUUAUAUUGGACUAUCAGAACGAUUUGCGGCAAGAGUGCAGCAAAUGCGGCACAGUUCGAAAAGUUGUUAUAUACGAUCGCCAUCCUGAAGGUGUCGGACAAGUUAACAUGGCCGAUCCUGAAGAAGCGGAUGUGGUAAUACAGAUGAUGCACGGACGAUUUUUUGGUCAGCGGAAGUUGAGCGCGGAGCAUUGGGAUGGAAAGACCAAAUACAAAGUUAUUGAGUCUGAGGCGGAGGUACAGAAACGACUGACUCAUUGGGAUCAGUAUCUAACGCAAGGAGAACAUGAACGAAAAGAUCAAGUAUCAGAGACGAAGGAGCCAACUACGAUUUGUACAAAUGAAGAUGAUAAAGAUAAACUAGAAAGAGAAUUAGAAGAAAGUGCGAUAUCUACUAUAUCUACCGAUUUGGGGGAGAAGGAGGAGUAAUUAGGCAUUUUCACGAGUUUAAAUAAAUAUGCUGUACUUCAUGGUCUCAGUAAAUGUAUUCAAUAUAUUUAAAAUAUAUUUUGAAAGUUUUUCAAUAUUUAAAAAACAUAAA